AUGACUACGCAGCUGUGGUUGUGGACGCAUAAUGCUAUGCCAGAAACAAACGAAUCCCCUUUGCCAACCUGUCUGGACAUCGAAUCUACUUCCGAUAAAUAUAAGAGUGGCUCAGAAGACCAAAUCAGUAAACGGCCCAAGUUGGAUGAUGAAUCCACAAAGGCAAGCAGUAGCUCAGCAGUUCUUGUAACCCAAACCUCUGGAGACGCAGAACGGGAGACGCCGAUCGGUUUCAUCCCAGAGCAGGGUGAUACUAGCUUCAGUGGUGCAAAUCAGGGACCACCAGUAGCAAGCGGGAGUGGCCUUGCGGAAUAUCACGAUGAGCGAUCUGCGAUGGAGAGUGAGAAGACCGAGCCUUGCAUGGCUCUCAAUCUGGUGUUUUCUUGGAGGAAUGAUAAUCUUGAAUUACAGAUAGACAAGACAGAAACGAUCGGAGACCUGAAGGUUAUGAUAUAUUCAUUAACGGCCGUUACUCCAGAGAGACAAAAGAUAUUAGGAUUAGUACCUGGAAAACUUCCCUUGGACGAUGUACUGUUAUCCACAAUUGAAUUCAAAAUGAAGCGAGGUGCUCACUUCACAUUAUUGGGGACACCUGAAGAGAAUACCAUCCUGCGCUCUCAAGAUGGCACAAAGGCUACCAACGAUCAGGCCCAUCAUCCGGUCUCGGCCAACGAUUGCGUCUUAUAUCUCCCUCAAGUUCAAGCCAAGCUGCAAGAGCUCUCUUCGACGUUCGACUUUUCGGUACAUGCAUUAGAUAUGACUCGGCCCUAUUUACAUGAAUUCUUGACUGCGUUAUGGCCAUAUUAUGAUAUAUGCAUAUGGUCAGCAACAAGUUGGCGUUGGCUAGAGAGUAAACUAGUCGAGCUACAAAUGGUGGGCGGUAAAUACAUCGACAAGUACUUGAUCCAAUUCGUUCUCGAUCGCGGGCCAAUGUUCGAGGUCACGUCCAUCAGGCAUGGCAAAGUUGCACGUCAUGAAGUCAAGGCUCUGGAAUUGAUUUGGCGGGCGAUACCCGAAUACAAUGCAACGAAUACUCUUCACCUUGAUGAUUUGAGUCGGAAUUUUGUACUCAACCCGACUUCAGGGGUCAAGAUAUCGCCUUUCAAGUAUGCCCGAGAAAACAAACAUGACCGCCAGCUUGUGUUUUUGACAAGGUACUUUCUUCAAAUGGCACUUCAGCCUGAUGUUCGUAUCUUUGAUCAUCGUCAUUGGGCAAAGUGUACACUACCACUUCCACCUGGUGUGAGAGACCCACUACAUGAUCUAGAUCCUCAAGAUCCUGAAUUGAUCAAAUUUCUUCAACGUCAUCCAUGGGUUAAACCCGAACAACCCGAACAACCUGAUCAGAAUUGA